AUUGCCGACACCUUCACUAUUGUUUAGGGAAUAUUUCUACUAAAGGCAGACAGUGUAUAAUUCGCUAAAAAAUGUCGACGCGGCCUGACGAUCAUCGGAGAAAAUGGAACAGAGAAGAAUAUGAGAGGAUAGCCCUGCAACGGCUUCAAGAUGAGAUCGCAGAGGAAGAGUUGGGUAUUCCCAAACAACCUGCCGUUAAAAGGGAGUUACUCAAACAGCGGGACUAUAAAGUUGACCUUGAGUCUAAGUUGGGCAAAAGCGUUGUCAUUAAUAAAAAUACUCCAUCGUCACAAACUGGCGGGUACUACUGCAAUGUCUGUGACUGUGUCGUUAAAGAUUCUAUUAACUUCUUGGAUCACAUUAAUGGGACAAAACAUCAGCGUAACUUGGGCAUGUCCAUGAAAAUAGAGCGCUCAACAUUGGACCAGGUUAAAGCCAGGUUUGCCGUCAACAAGAAGAAGAUGGAAGAGAAGAAAAAGGAUUACGAUCUGGAACAAAGGGUGAAAGAACUGAAGGAAGAGGAGGAGAAAAUUAAAGAGUAUAGAAAAGAGAAAAGAAAAGACAGAAAGAGGAAGAUCGAGGAAGCCAAUGACGAAGAUGCCGGACCCUCCGAUGAAAUGGCAGCUAUUAUGGGCUUUUCUGGGUUUGGCGGCAAGAAGAAGUGAUAAAUCAAAAAACAUAUCUGUUUCCUGAAUCAUCAAAAUAUUGUACAAAAACUUCUCAGAAACUAUCUACAGAGAAGAACGAAGUACCUCCUAUUAUAGGAAGUCCAGGAUGUGCCGGUCGAAGGUUAACAUCCUUAACAAAUGGUAAGAUCCGUUUAAAAGAACUCAUGUUUAAUGAAUUGUAUAAAAAACGUAAUAUUUCUUAAAGCAACUCGAAGACUGGAUCUCACCGAGAUCAAAGAAGCGGUUAUUCAAUAAUGUCGCGUUCGAUUAUACGAAUACCUUUAUUCAUUGAGAAAUGUACGUCUCCAGUUUUUAACAACAGAAAAUAAUUGCACAGCGUGAACUUGCAAGUAAGCACGGAUUCCAUUGCAACAUAUGUACAACGAUACCGUGCGAUGAUAUAAAGUGGUUCGAACUCA